AAUUGUUCUUGCUUGUUAAAUCAUGCUGAACCGGAUACAGUCGACCAUUUCACGUUACGCUUUCAAUAACUGAACCACACUGAAAACUGGGCACCGUUACAGUGUAACUACGCUUACGACAAGUUAAACAUAUACGUAUAAUAUAUAAAACCAUUUCACACUUCAUAUGGAUAUGUUUCUCCAUUAAGGUGCUUUUUCAUUGGACAUAUGACAACCACCAUAGUCAUGAAAGCACGGGAAUCGUCAUAGUACCACGACAACAGGAUGUGGUUUGCUAAGCUAAAGGCCAGAAAUACUUCCACCCCGAGACCGAGGUAGAAAAGACAGAACAUGUAAGUGUAUAUAAAUUUAGCGCUGAGCCAAGGAGAGGUGAAGUAGGUAACACGAAGCCAUUCAUACAGAUGAGAAGUGAUCUGUGGGAUUCUACGUUCAUUUUAUGUGAAAUACAAUUGACAACACUCCACAGACAAUGAAUACAGUAAGGAUCUUUGGGGUCCUCGCUGGACUGUGCCUUAACCUAGGUACCUUUAUCCUGGGGCAAGACACACGCCGGAUUAAGAUCGGCGCAGUUUUCGAAGGUGCUAGCAGCAUUGAGGAGCUGGCGUUCAAGUAUGCCGUAAACAAGGUGAACAGCGAAAUCAGCGCCACUCUAAACGGGGUGACGUUAGAGUACGAGUUACAAAAAGUAACAUCAGAUAGUUUCCAAACUUCAAAAAAAGUAUGUCGCCUACUAAAAGACGGAAAUGGAGUAGGUGCCAUAUUUGGUCCUAUGGCCACCAUCUCGGCCUCUCACGUACAGUCAAUCUGUGAUACAUUAGAAGUCCCCCACAUAGAGACGCGUUGGGAUUACAAAGAAUUCAAGGAUUAUUACUCUGUGAAUCUUCACCCCCAUUAUACCUCCAUUGGGAAGUCACUGCUGGAUUUGGUGACGCACUGGAAGUGGGGUGCCGUCACCAUUCUGUAUGAGGACAACAAUGGAUUAUUGAAAUUGCAAGAUUUGCUCCGAGUUCCUGGAAAGAAGAAAUCUUUGCAGACGACCAUUCGCAAACUCGAGGCAUUUGAAGAUGGCGACUAUAGACCUCUGCUCAAGGAUCUUAAAAGUCAAAACCAGUUCCGAUUUAUAGUAGAUUGUGACUAUAAGAAGAUACCCACUUUGUUGGCACAGGCGAUGUCUCUAAGCAUGCUGUCACAGUAUUAUCAUUUCCAUUUUACAAGUUUGGACUUGGACCUUCUGGACCUAGGAGACUACAGGUAUGGAGGUGCCAAUCUGACGGGCUUUCGGCUGAUAGACUGGGACGAUCCCGAGGUGAAGAUAGCCAUGCUUGAUCUGGCCAGUCCCAAAGCUCUCCCGGGAACACCUUUCGUCGGCGCUGUCCAAACAAAGACCAAGGACGAUAAUGCAGAGAUAAAGAGCAAUGUUACGGUACAGGCCGCCGUGAUGGUAGACGCCGUGAUGGUCUUCGCACGAGCAAUUACAGACCUGUCGCGCUCACAGACCAUCCAAACUCGCAGUUUGGGCUGCUCUAAUCCCGGGCAGACAUGGACUCAAGGCAGCAGCCUGUUCAAUUUUCUUACAAGAGUAGGGUUGACUGGUCUGACAGGCAGGAUUAAAUUUGAUGGCGACGGAAAGAGAAGAGACUUCGACUUGGGGAUUGUUAAAAUGGGGAAAAGGACUCUAGAAAGGAUUGGUUUCUGGACUCUGGAAGGAGGUGUGAAUAUCACAGCAAACUUCACCGAGCUGAAGGAUCAGCUUCAUGACACUCUGCAAAACAAAACCCUUAUUGUCACCACCAUUCAGGAGCCACCGUAUUUGAUGCUUCGCAAGGCUCAGCCUGGUGUGGAACUGAAGGGCAAUGCGCGUUUUUAUGGUUACUGUGUCGACUUGCUGGCCGAGAUCUCCAAGCUGUUGAAUUUUAACUUCACCAUCAAACUGGUAGACGAUGGAAACUACGGGGCACCUGUUGGACCAAAUGGAGAAUGGAAUGGUAUGGUGCGGGAACUAAUAGACAUGAAAGCAGAUCUAACUGUGGCACCCAUGACAAUCACAUAUGUCCGUGAGCAAGUGAUAGACUUCACCAAACCAUUCAUGAACCUGGGGAUCAGCAUCCUGUUCAAGAAACCAGAAGCUUCAACUCCAGACCUUUUCGCCUUCAUGUCCCCUCUUUCUUUCGAAGUGUGGCUCUACAUGUUGGCUGCCUAUGUUGGAGUCAGUAUAACUCUCUUUGUGUUGGCCAGGUUCAGCCCAUAUGAGUGGUACAACACGCACCCUUGCAACCAGGAAUCUGACAUUGUAGAGAAUCAGUUCAACAUGCUCAACAGUCUCUGGUUUACCAUCGGCUCUCUUAUGCAGCAAGGUUCUGAUCUUGCCCCUAGAGCUCUUUCCACUCGUAUGAUAAGCGGCAUCUGGUGGUUCUUCACUCUUAUUAUGAUUUCCUCGUACACUGCUAACCUGGCAGCUUUCCUCACAGUGGAGAGGAUGAUCUCUCCCAUUGAAAAUGCUGAUGACCUGGCAAAACAGACCGAUAUCAAAUAUGGCAGCCAAUAUGGUGGUUCAACCAUGACUUUUUUCAAAACCUCCAAAAUUCCAACAUAUGAGCGUAUGUGGAACUUCAUGUCCAGCACUGAGCCCAGUGUUUUUGUGAACAGUUCCAAAGAAGGAAUUGACCGUGUGAUGAAGGGGAAGUAUGCCUACCUCAUGGAGUCCACAAUGAUUGAAUACACUGUGCAGAGAAACUGCAAGCUGAUGCAAGUGGGAGGCCUACUUGAUUCCAAGGGUUAUGGAAUAGGAACACCAAGAGGAUCCCCUUAUACAGAGAUUUUGUCAGAGGCCAUCUUGAAACUCCAAGAGCAACAGGUCCUGCAGGUCCUGUACACAAAAUGGUGGAAGGAGAAAGAGGGCGGAGGGCAGUGUGAGGAGGCACCGUCUAACAAAGCCAGUGAACUGGGAGUUAUACAUGUGGGUGGAGUGUUUGUAGUACUGCUGGCAGGACUGGGGCUGGCAUGUCUGUUUGCUUUGGGAGAGUUCAUCUACAAAGCAAGGCAAAAUGCUGAUGAAGACAGGCAAUCCAUAUGUUCUGAGAUCAUAGAAGAAUUGCGUUUUGCCAUAAGAUGUUUUGGAUCUUCUAAAAAGCCUGCUGUACACAAAUCCAGCCAUAGGAAACAUGACAAUGGCCUCAUAGACAAUGGGAUGACAAUGGUUCCCCUGACAGCCAACAAUUUCCCAGGCAAGGAGUCAUUUGCUUGAUCAUGGUACAGAACAUGUACAUAGCAGCAAAUCUAUUUUCCUAGCAGAGGUUUACAAAAUCAUUUUAGUGCCUGGUUACAGAAUGCAUGCAAUUUACCAUGCAGCAGAUGCCUUGGGGCACAGCCAGUGGCAGCCAUUUUGGGUCUUGCCAAUUGUGAAGCUGUUGCCCUUGUUGCCUGCAGAGCGACCAGGUGCAAAACUCCCUUGUGAGUGAUGCAUGUUGGUUUACAUUUUGAUCUAUCAUGUUGGCACAUGAUGAAAGGCAUUGGUUGAACCAAUUGCAAAGGACACACCAUUAUGAACAGCUUGAUCUGCGUGAGACAUAAACAGACAUUUGUCUGGAGUUUUUGUAGAUGAAAAAAGUAAGAACUGUAUACAUAGAUAUAAUGUCUUCCAGAUGGUGCAGUUUUAUACAGUGCCUAGUCUAUGCAAAUAUAACAGUAAUACAACAAAGGAGUGUGUAUGAAAAUGAAAACACCCAUGACAACGGAGGCCUGGUGUUUAGAAAAAUAAGCAAUGUUGCCACAUAUUUGUAUAUUGCUCUUUCAUUCUUUGGGUAAUGAUUUACAGUUGUUUUGUUUUUCACUAUUUUAUAAUCAGAAUCAUUUUUCUAUAGAAGACAUUUAGUCACAGAGUGAAGCUUCAUUUUUUUAUUUUUAUUUUUAAUUCAUUUUUGUAGUGUUGAUUGCAGCACACUUAUUGGUAUUUUCAUUUGACUAAAAACCACUGUAUAUAUUGACCAAUAGUGUAUAAAUUUGGUGCAGAUUUGUAAGCAGAUUUGUAAAACACUUGUAGCAGAGCAAGCUAUUAUAUAGUCUGGAUGACUGGUGCUAUAUUUUGGCCAAAUUGCUCAAAAUGUGGAAAAAGCAUGAAA